GUAUCUCCCCGACUCCCAACCCCUCCUUUAGCCCCUCGCUUUCGCUCCCUUUGGACAGCGUCUUUUCCCGUUUUUGAAAGACGCUUCGCUGACAUCUUUUUCCUCCGCCGAGACAUCUAAUUCAGCGAAAUAGCGUGACGUUGUAAAGAAAGGCAUUGUCUGAGAGGGAGAUAAGGGAGGUCGGCGUUGAGGGAUCGGAUCCUCGUGCGUCGCUCGGCCGAAGGGGAUCCGAGCCUCCUCCGCGCACCAGCUGUUCGGAGACAAGCGAGCAUCGGCGCCACACAGAUCCAGGCACGUAUAGGUUGACAGAACAUCAAGAGAAUCGUAAUGAAAAAAUGUCCGUGCAAAGCGAUGCGUUAUUCGUAGAGGAAGAUGGAUCCAUAGAGCUCGGGGACAGCGUGGAGGGCUUGUGCUUCCACCAGGCGCUCAACGUGUUCCUGGUGACCACGAGGGACGGCCGAGUGAGGGUGUACGACCCCCACUCCUCGCUCAAGCUCUCCGACGUUCAGCUGCAGGGAAAGAACCUGGUGUGCGUCUACCAUGGGGAGAGCAACAGCGUGGUGGUGUGCGGGGGGCGCACGGUGGGGAUGCGCAGAGACCACCAUGGGGUGCUGCUGCUUGACACCGUCCUCCAGGCUCCGGUCGCUGCGCCAGAGGAGACCGUCACAGUGGAAAUGCUCCUGUCAGAGGGCAUUCAGCUGCAACAGACACUUGGGGCAGGGGACCUGAGUAACAUCGACCAUGCGGCAGAGGUGCGAGAGGUCCUGUCCAUGGGCAUAGCUGCUCACCAUGCACAGAGUCGUAUUAAUCCCAAACUAGCAAAGUGGAGCACGUUACGUCUAGAGUUGCCUCUAGGUGUGUUACGUAGUGUAUGUUUGGGUCUGAUCAGCGAACUCAAGCGGCUGACGAGAUAUAUACCGGCGCUGUCAACCGCCUCUGCCUUAAAUCACCGGCUGGCACACCUCCUGCCGCCACCAACACCCGACACCGGGCAGGGGCCUCCGGGCUCGGGACCCCCGGACAGGGAUGCCAUGUUCAGCGAGGCUUCCAGAUUAGCCACGUUUAUAAAGUGGCCUCACAUGAACUAUAAAUGGGCUUUGCCAGAGCAGAUGGCACAGGCUGGCUUCUAUCAUCAACCCAUUGCCACAGAUGAUGACCGUGCUAUGUGCUUCAUCUGUAGUGUUUGCCUCGUAUAUUGGGAGCCAACUGAUGAACCAUGGUCAGAACAUGAGCGCCACUCACCUAACUGCCCGUUCGUGAAGGGGGAAUACACGCACAACGUCCCUCUGUCUGUAACUUAUGCCACCAGCCCGGCCUUAACCCACAGCGAGCGAGCAGAGGAGGUGGCUUUCAUUAGCAACACCAAUAGCCAUCAGUUCAUUGCCUCGGCUACCAGACACGGCAGUAUUGUGGUCUGGAACACAGCAAAGGAACUAAAGAAAGAAGUCAGUUUUUCCAUUGAUCCAUCAGAUUCGACAAUAUUAGAUAAACAUUUUUCGGACACAAUUGGGUACACGGACGUGCCCCUCCAACCCCCGGCGCCUCGAGAAGCCUGGCCGUGGGGAGAGGAGGAGCAGAACGGGCCGGCCAAUAUUGAAAAUGAUCCCCCCUCCCACCCUGGGUCCCACCCUGAGACAGACGCGCAGGGCUCGCUUGCUGUGGAGAACGAUGAUACUGCAAAUCUCCAAUCUCCUCUGUCACCCUCUCCUCCCUCACAGGCCCCUCCCGCUCCCCCUGCCCCGCCACCCCCACCUGCCCCCCCUUCUUCUCAGGUGGUAGAUUUGCCCCUUGAUGAUAUCGCUGUUGAUGAACUCUUUGCUCCUCCGCGGCCAUCGCACGAUGUUAGAGUGUCCUCCCUGUGUGUCCUGGCAGACCCUAAUGAAGUGUCUCAGAGAUACAAGGGCGCUGCGGUCAAUCUGUCGUCAUCUGUAAGAUCUUGCCUUGUGGUUGGUGUGGGCCUUAGACGCUAUGAGUUAUUUGGCACCUCCAGUGGCGACAGGCAGGAGACAUGUGACGUGGGCCUAGUGCAAGUGCUGAAUAAUGUGAAUCAGGCGAGCCAAAGGAAGGCAGAGACUUUGGACAUUAUGAAGUUAGACUCCUCUCGAAGAGGGUCCGUAACGGAAGAGGAAAAUGACAAUGACUGUAUUGCUGUGGAAUCUGAGUCUGCCUCCUUGAGUGAUCCUGCAGUUGUGUCUACCUCUGUGUCUGCCGGCCAGCAGAACUUUGUGCCGUAUCUGUUAGUGUACGACCUCAACGUCAUGGUGCCGCAGACAGCCACCAGUAAUAAAGUGGCAGUGAAACCUGUCAUUCAGGGCCCUUACAAAAAGUCAACUGUGAAAGUUGGAACAUUUGGGCAGUCCAAUAUCUCGUACUCGAAAAGCAAACAGCUAUGGUCAGAUCCCUUAGCAAACGAUAUUGAAAUGUUCUUUGCCCCACCAAAUAUGUUUGUGAAAAACAAGGGCACCUCCCAAGUGAGCUCGACCUCCACGUCUAAGUCAAAAGCCAAAGAUAGUCAGGUACCAUCUGAGCCCGAAUCAAAGAAUGACCUGAAAAAGGAACCCAAAUGCAUCCAGUGUAUUCCCCUACCCCAUAAGUUAAACAGUGUAAAGUUGCGCCUUACAGUGGACCACAUUGUGCCGACCACAUGCGGGGAGCACAUCAUUGUGACCCUAAGCAGAAGUGACAACUCAGGCACCAGUGCCAGCUCAGGGAGCAUGACUGCUUCUGACAGCAAUGACGGGGCGGUAGGGGGGCCGCGGGAAGUGUUUGGGGCUGUGAUCAUCUACAAGGUCUGCCGGGGGGGUGAUGUGGUCACCCUACAGGAGGAGCCCGUCAACACCAAGCUCCUGACCUCGUUGGAGACGGUGCCCAAGAAGUUGUUGGUUCUUCCUCCCGAGUACGGCGACAACGAAAGCAGCCUGUCGGGCAUGGCUGCGUGCAUCACUGUCGAUGGCUCCCUCAGACUGCUGUCCCUCUCCAACCUCGAGUUCCUCCACCACCUUGCGCCGCCUCCUGGCCAGGCGUACAACAAUGCUGUGUAUUGCAAUAGUUUAGAAAGACUUUGCGUCAGCUGCGAUGAUGGCAGAGUAAACCUAGUACAACUUCGGAGAGGGACGGAGCUGGGUAAGGAAACUGACAGCACCUCCUCGGCCUCAGCCCUGGCCAGCUCCGCACCUUCAAACAACACCCCGGCUCUCACACGGGAACCUGAACUCAUGCCUGGUGAGCUCCUUGUGAAUCAGGGAAUAUCUGAGGAAAUCCUGGAUAAGUGUGUGGAGCUUAUCCAAUUCCAGACAGGGUGUCCAAGAUUUGUGGCAACUGUACCUCCUUGUUGGUCUGAGAUCAUCCAAGCUCAGAAGCAGAGACGAAACCCCCAGCACCUACAACAGCAUGCAGAAGACAUGGACACAACCCGUACUUGGCGACUGGAAUCAGACAGUUCAACUUGGGAUGAGCAUCUGUUUGAGCUGCUUCUGCCGGCUGGGGCAGGUGGCACAGGUGGUGUUCAGGUGGGACACAUUGAUCUCAAGCUGAACUUUAUCCCUGGACCACCUAACCCACUCCCAGUUCUUCAGGUGACCUUACUGCGGCAGAAUCUGACCACACCACGGCGUCAGAACACCCAGCAGGGCAGUACCUCCUCGAAUGCCACCAGUAGUGGCUCCCCCUCGCAGACUCAGGCCUCCUCCUCAUCCAAUAUUCCUGAUGAUGUCUUAGAAGAUUACCCAGAAAACCCGGUAUUGACGAAGGAGUUCCAGUUCACUCACAACGCUGAAAUCCUCUGUGGUCCUGUGACAGUCAACCGAUGCAUGGACCUCUCUGGCCAGGGAGCCAAUGUCACUCUCACCUCACCCAGUCUGCUGGCUUGCCGCACCAGGACAUACCUUGUGCACAUCAAAGCUUUACCGCCAAAACUGCAGCAGCAACAGCAGCAACAGCAACAGGACCUGCAGAAGAACAGUGACCUAGACCUUGUGACUCAGUACAUGCCUCCACAAUCAUCUACCUUCUUGGACCGCCUUGCUGCCUCCUCAAAUAAGCGUGUUGAAUUAGUUCGUGGCUGUGAUAUUAUCCAAGAGCUUUCCAUUACUGUUAGAUGCUGUGCAAAGACAACCAUUCUACACGACAGGUUGCAGAGACUAUCAAUUGUGGAAAAUGAAGCUUUCCACAAAAACCUGAUCGAGGCUGUUAUCUCCGACAAUUCUUCUGACCACGUUCGUCACCGAGCGCUUGACCUUCUGCUGUGGAUCACAUCAAUACACACAGCAGCAAUCGAUGACCGUACCGUAAGUGUUGGAAUUAUAACACUUCUGCAGCUGCAUCUGUCAGGAUUAGUGCGCUCCUGUGUCCUGCUUGCUGACCGUAGCAUUGCACACAAAACUGCCAAGAUCAUAGUGACUGCUUUGGAGGGGUCGCGGGUUGUGGAGGGAGGCUCCGUAUUUGGCUGGGCAGUACUGGAGGCCCUCCUGGAAUGGCUCGACCACAUCCUCCAGUGCCAGAGUGCCGGGGCUCUCCACUGGUUCUUCACUCUGCUUAAUCACGUCAAGUGGUGCAACCCAUGGGGCACAGCCAGGAAGGUUACUCAGCUGUUGUCCACUGUAUCGGAGGCCGUCAGUGGGAAGGUGGAUCCCUUACACGCAGUAUUACAAACAAAAUUUAAUCUCUACGGGACACCUUUUGAGAGGGAACUCUUUGACAUCGAGCCUCCAUUACUCGCUAAGCAGACAAUCAAUGGUAACAAUGUUGGCCAUUCAGGCUCUAGCCACAGCACAAGUAACAACAAUAACAACAACAACAACAAUAUCAGCUUUGGAAGCUCUAGCCUUCAAGGGGGCCCAGGGGGAGGUGUGCAGACCUCUUCGUAUACAACCUGUAAAAAUCACGGCCCAGGAACCACAGGCGGCUACCCAUACUCUGUCAUGGGGCGGGAUGAUAGUGACAUUGGAGGUCUCCUCGGCAGAGGUGGAGCCCAGGGCAGUGCGUCCCUCGGGCUAACACACACCAGUGCUCUCUGUGGCCUCCUGGAGGUCGAGCCAUUGCACUUCACACUUCACAUGGCCAGUGACGGCACCAAGAUGGAAAGGGCCUCUUCAGGUACAGGUCACCCUGGCAGUCCCUUUAUGAUGCAGCCGUUCACUAUCCCAGGGGGCUUAGACACCAAUGCCCUCUCCCAGGUUGAGGCCUCCACCAGCAGCGGCACAGCCAAGGCAGUCGAUGUGUCUGUCACCAUGCUCCACAAGGCAGUUGAAGACAUGGCCGUAAAGAAUCAGGCUCUCGAGCUUCGACUAGCUAAGAAGGCCACUAAAACUUAUCUAGAGAAGCUGCAGACUCUCAGUGACCAGUUAGCUUCAAUGAAACACUGCCUUCAAAAGGCCAAGCAGCGCACACAGACACUGGCCAAGGUGGUGGCGGCAGAGAACUCGGGCUCACAGGCAGUAGACCCUCUGCUUCCGCUGGAUGUCGAGGGCAAGGCCAGCGACGCCAAGGAGGAGGCCAGCACCAUCUCGUCACGCAGCUCAGACACCACCCCAGACCACGACGGAGUGAGUUCAUGCCUGCUGCCCGAGUGUGAUGACGUCAUGGACUCGACCACAGUGCAGUACAUUGGCAACGGGCACGUGGGCGCAGAUGUGUCUGGCAAGAUUGACUUCGGGUUGACCUCACUGGAGAAGGACGAAGAUGACUCCAAGCCGUCCAGCCAGCAGGGAUCCAACACCAAGAGGAAGAGCGAGGAAGACGUCAGCUCCCUGGAAAGCAAGUCCUCAACGCCCUCUGCGGCCCACCCACAGGCCAAGGAGACUGCAAACACCGGGAAGAAGAUUCCAUCAGCCGUCCAGGGGUCACUCGGAGCCCCCUGGCAGCAGCUGCUCUCACUCCCACCCCAGCAGAUGCUGGUCAUCGAGAGGAUGCACUCGGGGGCAAGGAGAUUCGUGGUCCUUGACUUUGGAGCUCCAGUUUUGCUCACAGAUGUGGUGAUUCCAGCUUGUGGUGAUUUAGUGUCCCUCAGCAUCGAUAUCUGGAUGACCGGAGAGGAGAUGGACGGAGAGAGGCUGGUUGUGGCCUCUGACAUCGGCAUGAGGCCUCUCAUUCUUGCAGAUUUGCAACCGCCACCUCUCUGCAGGUAUUUGAAGGUAACGACACUGGGAAGAUAUGGCAUGAACACCUCAUCACAGUGCAGAAUACCCGUUGGCGCAUUUUAUGGGCACACACUCAUCCUCCCCUGGCAGCUGCAAGGGAGUCUCCCACCUCCUGGCAUUGUCAACAAAUUGUCAGCCCAGACUCAGCUGACGGUCCUGAGCAGUGUUGUUGAGGACAUUGGAUGCCGCUACAGCCUGGCCUGCAGCAAGCUCAGGUCUUUGCUGAACCCUCUCCUCAUGAGCCCCACCGCUCCAACGGGCCCCAAUUCAUCCUCGGGUCUCUCGGAGCCCCCCUCCAUAGGGUCGCGUGAUGCCGACUUGGAGAGGAAAAUCACACAGGCUUAUCAGGAAUGUAUGCUAGAGCAGCAGCACCUCAACUUGGUCGUAUCGGUGAUGCGUCGUCUCCAGAGGGUGGGAGGCAGUGGAGAGGGCAUCGCUGGACAAUUUUCUCCUACUUCCUCUGCUUCUCGAGACAGUAAACAACAGUUUGUGACAGCUGCAAACUGUGCAUCUGACAAAUUAGCCACUCUCAUGCAGUAUCUGCUCAAUUGUCUUUUGACACUGUCUCUCCCAAUACCUAGCAUGUCGGUUCCACACAAUCUCAUGGAAUGGUGUGGCCCAGAGCAAGCAAGAGUGCUUGUGGAGCAGGUGUGCGUGCGAGGGCCAAAGGGCGCGCAGGUGGGGGUGGCCUCGCUCCUGGCCCGCCUGUGUGCUGGUCAGCCCUGGUGGGGAGACUUCUUGGCCAGCACCAUGAUCACUCUCUUCUCGUCCAGCAACACCCUACACUUCCCAGCCACAAGAGUCUUUGCCCUGCUCACCUUCCUUGGGCAGAAGAGUGUGGGGAGUGGGCGUGGAAGCCAGGUCAUUGACGCGGUCCUGCGGGUCCUGUCAGCCCAGCUCCACAGCAGCGGGAGCCAGGUACAGUAUGGCGCUGUCCCUGUACCGGCGGCAGGGCUGGACAACAUCUGGCAGCCGUGGCAGGUCGCAUCAUCGCAGGUGGACACGCAUCUCAUCUCCUGGCUCCUGCUCUACCUCUCCCUCUGCCUGGAUGCUCUCACUCCCACCCGCAAGAGCGACAGUGACAAAGGCAAAGAGAAUGGAUAUCAUUUUGUUGCAGGUGGCCGCUGGACCUGGCUGACAGCCGAGACCUGCCUGCAGCGGAGGGGUUCGGAGGCCAGGUGCAGUGCCCCUAGGGCCUCCCGUGACCGCCUUCGCAAGCGCCUUGUCUACCACCAAAAGCAGCAGCUGGUGAAUCUGGAGACGGCUACCAAGUCCCUGGGGGAGGUCACGGCCGGGCAAGUUCUAGCAGGACUAAGUGGCGAAAUUUACCAGAAGCUGGACACCAUCCGGAGAUCCAUUGUUAGAAGAUACUCUCGCACGACCUCUGCCUCGUCGAGCGGGGGGGGAGGGGCGCGCAAGGAUGACGGGGAGCCACCACAGGACGCCUUCAUGCCCCUGGACCGAGCGAACGCCCUCUCGGUGGCGCACGGACUCAUUAAGCUCCUUAUGAACUCCAGCUCACCAUGUUGUGUGGACUCCUUCCUGCUGACGUGCAAGGUGAUUGGAGGCCUCGUUAGUGUGACAAGGCCAAGUCCAGCCUUGACGGAAAUUGUGAGCCGUACGCAGUUGGGGGCUCUGUUGCGUCAUGCCCUCACACUGGACACCACCUGGGGAGCUCCUUGGGCCCUUCACGCACUUACUUGUCUACUGCAGGAUAUUCUUGAAGGUGAGCGCUUAUAUGGCAGUGUAGUCAUGAACACAGAGCAACACAGGGAAGAAGUUGAGAACUUUGACAUAGCGAUGGAUGGUGCAAGGGCAGCAGCGGCAGCAGCAGCAGCAGCGGCAGCAGCAGCGGCAGCUGCAGCUGCAGUCCCUUCGACAUCAGGAACUACCUCAGCUGCUGCCGUUGUAGCUGGGCCGUCAGGAGCUGCAGCAGGCCAGUCGGGAUCCUCAGGUCCCGCUGGGCCCACAGGGAAUGGAGUGGCACCAACUGUGAAUGGAUCAGCUGCUGGGGAAGGUGGCACUGGAUCCCCCCAGAGCAGUGCAUCACCCUUAGGGGGUGCAUGUGUGGUCACCCAGAACUGCCAGGCGGACCAGUCGGCCACGCCCCUCAGCCCCCCUGUGGUGGGCAUGGCCACGGCGCACUACACCCUGGAGGAAGAAGACAUACCUGGAAAAUAUUCCUUCCUUGACUUAGAAGACAGCUCUGAGAGUGAAGACAUGAUUGGGGAGUACCUAGCAGACAUGCCGGCUUUCGUUGGAGGGGCCUCGAACAACAGCAUUACCUCAUUUGAACUCGCUGUAUCAAAUCUUCCCCCACCCUACCCACCUCCACUGCCCACUCAAUCGUCAUCCCGCAGUGGCAAGGACUCCCGCAUCGGGGACUUGGUGGCGGGACCUUUGGCCAGCUCACACCCAGGGAUGGACCACUCCACAGCUGUUGAUGCCAGGCUGGAGGCAGGAGUGUCUCUCUUGUCUGAGCUUAGGCUGCACAUGAUGGCUGCUGUCCACACAUCCAGGCUCAGUCUAGCUGUCACUGCGCCACUGAAGGUGAACAACGGCAUGUGGGGUGACACUGAAGUCUGUGGCCCAGGUGACCUGACAGGCAGCGUGGAACUCCUCACCGAAGUGUUCCAGAAGAUUCUCCUACACCUGUCUAUGCAGUUCGAUGGCAGCCACGUUGAAUCAGUGCUUGGGUUGUGGCUCAGCAUCAACUUGGAGCUUGCAGGGGGCAAGUAUUCUCCCUCUGUUGCCCCCACAGUGCACCUGACACCAAGGGCCAUCUCAGCACUCUUGGCUGCAGUGGUCAGAAGUGGAAGUGUCAGUAUGCGGUGUUGGUGUCUUGUACUCCAGACGCUCACACUCUGCUGCAACUAUACACCCCAGGAACCCACAGCGCCACACCCUACCAGCGCUGAUCAGUAUGACCAUGUAGACUUGACUGGAAUGUCCAUGAAUAUUGUGACAGAUACAAACUUUGUCCCAGCACUACAGAAACUUUUGACCGGAUCAUGUGCUACUGGCUCAGAUAUGCGAAGUGAUGUGGUUGGGAGCACCGUCACAGGACUCCUGGAAGACCUCCUCGUCCGCCUUCGCGUGAGGUGUGACGUCAUCAGCGUGACCAGUGGGCCCGGCACAACCCUGAAACAUGCCCUGCUAAGCCUUGUGGCUCGUCUCUUGGAGCCCCAGGGGGCCAUCUCACUUGCCAUGGGGCCCCUUGAUGCCCAGUGCUGUCUCCUGGGCACACUGCUGUCCAUGCAUUACGAUGGCCUGGACAGAAUGCAUGUCCCUCUUACUAUCAUCAGUUCAACAGUGAUUCUGGUACAUGGCCACUUGGUCUCAAGUGAAGGGAUGACCUAUGGGGCAAACAACCAGAGUGCCACCAUGUUAGGGGGACUCUUCGCCUCCGUUCUUGGAUCCGAUGGACGCCAGGGGCCAGCGCCUUCUCGCCUGGCCCUCCUGUGCUCGCUCCUCAACCUGUCUCGCAAACUUGCACAAACACCACUUGUCAAUCCGGCUCAGGUUCGUGUGGGAGUGGCAAACUACGAAGCCCAGGAGAGCUCCGGGGGUUCCCUGACUGACUCAAGUAAAUUAGAGCAGCAACGCACAGAUGCCAGUUCUAGCCAGACUGACGAACACAAAGCCAUGCAUACCCCCCAGACUUGCUCACAUGCCGCCCCAAACAGUGUGCCGUGCUUGGCAGAUACAGUAUUACAAAAUGGAGAGACGAUGCAGCUGCUUCUGAAGUCGGUGGCAGCUUGUGAAGGCAGCAGUGUGUCCAUGCUCUUGGGCACCGUCAGUGGAGAGGUCUCGGAGAAGCUGUGCUUAGGGGAGACCUUGACUGAUGCCCUCUACCAGCUCCUGCUCACACUCAAUGCCAAGGCCACAGCGCCAGACCUCAUUCUGAGACCUGUUGUGGAAUUCAUCACCCCAGGUGGGUGGUGGAGUCCCCCCUCACUGUCAGAACCAGCUCUCUGUUUCUUCACAAGAGUGCUUGACUGUCCGGCAAUUCUGGAGAAAUUUGCUGCACUAGGGGGCAUGAAGAUGCUGUGGGAAAACCUAGUGAGCAGUGUAGGGAUGAUGGGAGGUGGAAGAGGUGGCUUGGUGACAGCAGUCAUGAACCACCUUGCUCCUCCUCUCCCACCUUCAACACACAACACACCCUCGAACAAACGCAACGAGACAGUUGAGCAGAACCAGGGUCUGUACAACUUUGCCCCACUGGCUGUGGUAACAUCAAGCAACCCAACUGCAAGACCUGCCAAUGUCCUCGUGGAUUCUAAUCAGCUGUUCCAGAGGACUAAGAGUGCACCCUGGUCGUACCACUUCUAUCCUGACGAGAGUUGGGUGGAUUUGAACCUGACAUUACCCUGUGCCGUACUGCUGCAUGAGGUCCAUCUGCUACCUCACACAGUGUCCCUUGUCUCAUGUCCAUCAGCAGUAUCAGUGGAGGUGGGUGUUGAGGGUGGGUACCUGAUGCCCGUGAGUGGCCCGCUGAGCACCGCCGGCCUCUCCCGUGUCCGCCUCGUCCUCCCUCGGCCUGUAGUUGCCUCGAUUGUCGUUGUGCGCCUCCAUCGUCCACGAGACUCCUCCACCCUGGGACUGUCUCAGCUCAAACUUCUUGGAACCACAACCUUCAGGGAAGCAUCCAGAGGCGUUCACGAAACGGCCAUCAGCGAUCACACGCCCCACCGUGCCAGCAUGUGGUGGCUCCGCCUGAUCCACCAGUGCAUGUGCCGUGUGGAGGGAGGCCUGAGUGUUGGGGUGGAGGCAGGAGCAUCUGUGUCGGGAGUGAUGGAGGCGUGCGUGACACUUCUCCUGACUCCACCGGGGCCACUCCACCUUGCCCCCCUAGGCUCGGCACCACUGGAGGCCACCACGCUGGCUCUCGCAGCCCUCUCGCCCCAGCUGCUCCACACCCUGAUCAUGACACUCCUCACGCACCCUCUCUUACGCCAGCCAGCAGGUGGUAACAGCUUGGACGCAGCUAUAGCUCUCCUGUAUGAACUCUGUGUCGGAAACAGCAGUAUGGAGGGUGUAACAGUCUUAAUAUCAUGGCUGAACCACAUAGUAUUGCACCCUGCAACCCCCUCGCCAGCAACUGACGACUACCACAGUCUGGGCACCUCCCAGCAGCAGCAACAGCAACAGCGGUCCCCACAAGAACUAUGCGUGAAUGGCGGUGUUAGUGCUGAGGUGUUGCAUUGCAUUGCUGCGGUGCUGUGGAACACACCACAUGACACCACCAGCCUCAUAACAGAUGAAUUAUUCAGGCGUGUUUAUGAGUGGUCGGAGAGAGUUGAAGGCGAAGUGAAGAUAGGGCUGGAUCACAUCAUGUGCUCCAUGUGCCAUGUGCGGCCACAGCUCUUCACCCAGCUGCUGCUCAACAUGGCAGUACUGACUGUGAUUGACAAUAACCAGUCAAUAACUGAUGACAGUACUCAUCAGGCAGGUCAGCAGGGCACUAAAAGACACUUUUUUUUUUCCACAUGUCCAUCAGCAGUAUCAGUGGAGGUGGGUGUUGAGGGUGGGUACCUGAUGCCCGUGAGUGGCCCGCUGAGCACCGCCGGCCUCUCCCGCGUCCGCCUCGUCCUCCCUCGGCCUGUAGUUGCCUCGAUUGUCGUUGUGCGCCUCCAUCGUCCACGAGACUCCUCCACCCUGGGACUGUCUCAGCUCAAACUUCUUGGAACCACAACCUUCAGGGAAGCAUCCAGAGGCGUUCACGAAACGGCCAUCAGCGAUCACACGCCCCACCGUGCCAGCAUGUGGUGGCUCCGCCUGAUCCACCAGUGCAUGUGCCGUGUGGAGGGAGGCCUGAGUGUUGGGGUGGAGGCAGGAGCAUCUGUGUCGGGAGUGAUGGAGGCGUGCGUGACACUUCUCCUGACUCCACCGGGGCCACUCCACCUUGCCCCCCUAGGCUCGGCACCACUGGAGGCCACCACGCUGGCUCUCGCAGCCCUCUCGCCCCAGCUGCUCCACACCCUGAUCAUGACACUCCUCACGCACCCUCUCUUACGCCAGCCAGCAGGUGGUAACAGCUUGGACGCAGCUAUAGCUCUCCUGUAUGAACUCUGUGUCGGAAACAGCAGUAUGGAGGGUGUAACAGUCUUAAUAUCAUGGCUGAACCACAUAGUAUUGCACCCUGCAACCCCCUCGCCAGCAACUGACGACUACCACAGUCUGGGCACCUCCCAGCAGCAGCAACAGCAACAGCGGUCCCCACAAGAACUAUGCGUGAAUGGCGGUGUUAGUGCUGAGGUGUUGCAUUGCAUUGCUGCGGUGCUGUGGAACACACCACAUGACACCACCAGCCUCAUAACAGAUGAAUUAUUCAGGCGUGUUUAUGAGUGGUCGGAGAGAGUUGAAGGCGAAGUGAAGAUAGGGCUGGAUCACAUCAUGUGCUCCAUGUGCCAUGUGCGGCCACAGCUCUUCACCCAGCUGCUGCUCAACAUGGCAGUACUGACUGUGAUUGACAAUAACCAGUCAAUAACUGAUGACAGGAAAGACAGAGAAGCAGAGAUCCGGGCUGCCAGAACAGAUGACAUGAAGGAGGGGGUGGAGGGCUCCUCGGGGGCAGUAGAAGGGCGCCUCAUCCUCCAGGACCCCAGCGUCAUCUCCCUCACUCCAGCACACCUGCAGACCCUGGCCACAGUGGCUCAGUCUCCGCAGGCCAUACACCUGAUGUUGGACUCGGGAUUCCCGCUGUUGCUUGUUCAUGGUAUUUUGGAAUGGUGCAAGACAGAAGUGUUGCACCAGGUAGAGAGCUGCACAUCCUCAAGUGCUGGGGAGAGUGCAACUGACCUGGAGAAGGCAAGUGUAGCAGAGAAAUCGCGCAAUGCAGAAGACACCCUUUCCUCUGCCACCCCUCAGGCCCCCCCACAAAUCAGGGCUGCUAUUGUCCCCACACUGAGCACAUCCCUGGUGGCUCACACGCUGCACACCCUGGCUGCACUGUGCGCUGAACCUCCAAUGAAAGACUGGCUAGGAUCUGCUGAGGGAUCUGUGUUCUGGUUACCACUGUUGACUGUUCUUGGUGACCCACUGGUACGAGGCAGUGAGCCAUUGAUGCGAGGUUCUGGUCCCUCUGGCGGAAGCGACAGUGACUACAGCAGUGUGGAAGAUGCAACUAUCCAUUUAAUGAGGCAGUGUUGUCACAACCACCCUCACAACCAAAACCUUUUGGCAUCAACGCUGUGCCAUCUUAUCCAGCGGCAGAACAUCCCCCCUCCAGGUGGAGUGAGCUACUUGCACUCCCUCUCUGGGUUCACACGGCGCCUAGUCCUUCAACUCCUCUUGGAGACGGAGCGCGUGGUGGUGCACAUCAACAGCCCCCAGGGAGGCCUUUCUUCGCCCACAGGGUGCAGCCUCCCCCUCCUCACACAGCACCCCAAGUUUGGAGCGGGACACAAGACCAGGCUCCUCAACCUCCCAACCACCACCACCAUGUCAGAUAUUGUCAAGAUGGUCACAGACUGGUCCAGGGGCGUGCUGAGCAACUCGGGCGACCUGGAGUUGGGCAGCAGCGGAGACAGAAGGGAUGCUAACGAGGUGGGCCACCUGGAGCUGGUGGACAAGCUGUCAGUUGCAGCGGGAGUCACAGCCAAGGACAAGAGGGAGAAGAACAAAGUCAAUUCGAGUAUUCACAGCAGGAUGUCCAAGAGAGCCACUGAGCAGGACAGCCAGACUAGCAAGCCAGUGACAGCAACAUCGAGUGCCUCAUCUUAUGUCUUAGUGCACGAGAGCCUGGGCAGUUCCUCAGGCCUGCCCUCCACACUCACAGUGGCUCAGGUCAUGGCUGCUCUGCGUCACGAGGGCCACCCACCUUCCUCGCACAUCACCCUCACUUUGACCAACAGAAGGGACCAUGCCAGAGAAGGUGAAAGCGGACGAGAGGCCCUUCUGCUCUGUACCGAACCACUGCCUUCGACCCUGCAUGUGUUCACGAGUCAGGGUGGCCUCUCGCUCCUGGCCCAGCACAUGUCGCUUCUCUACCCAGACACAGGACAGCAGCAGCCCAACAACACUGCAUCAGUGCGAAGUGGCAACGGCGACAAGGGCGAGAUUGUAGUGGAGAACGACUGGGUCAGUGUGGAGAUGAAUGACUAUGAGGGCUCUGGGAAUGCUCUUAGGGGAGGGAAGAGGGAAGGUGUUGUGUCUAUGGUACUGCGAGUGUUAACUGGCAUUAGUGGGAUUACGAUACUAAGCUUGGAGGAAGAGGGUGGAGUGAGCUACUUGCACUCCCUCUCUGGGUUCACACGGCGCCUAGUCCUUCAACUCCUCUUGGAGACGGAGCGCGUGGUGGUGCACAUCAACAGCCCCCAGGGAGGCCUUUCUUCGCCCACAGGGUGCAGCCUCCCCCUCCUCACACAGCACCCCAAGUUUGGAGCGGGACACAAGACCAGGCUCCUCAACCUCCCAACCACCACCACCAUGUCGGAUAUUGUCAAGAUGGUCACAGACUGGUCCAGGGGCGUGCUGAGCAACUCGGGCGACCUGGAGUUGGGCAGCAGCGGAGACAGAAGGGAUGCUAACGAGGUGGGCCACCUGGAGCUGGUGGACAAGCUGUCAGUUGCAGCGGGAGUCACAGCCAAGGACAAGAGGGAGAAGAACAAAGUCAAUUCGAGUAUUCACAGCAGGAUGUCCAAGAGAGCCACUGAGCAGGACAGCCAGACUAGCAAGCCAGUGACAGCAACAUCGAGUGCCUCAUCUUAUGUCUUAGUGCACGAGAGCCUGGGCAGUUCCUCAGGCCUGCCCUCCACACUCACAGUGGCUCAGGUCAUGGCUGCUCUGCGUCACGAGGGCCACCCACCUUCCUCGCACAUCACCCUCACUUUGACCAACAGAAGGGACCAUGCCAGAGAAGGUGAAAGCGGACGAGAGGCCCUUCUGCUCUGUACCGAACCACUGCCUUCGACCCUGCAUGUGUUCACGAGUCAGGGUGGCCUCUCGCUCCUGGCCCAGCACAUGUCGCUUCUCUACCCAGACACAGGACAGCAGCAGCCCAACAACACUGCAUCAGUGCGAAGUGGCAACGGCGACAAGGGCGAGAUUGUAGUGGAGAACGACUGGGUCAGUGUGGAGAUGAAUGACUAUGAGUCUGCAAAUGUGUUUGAUUACCUGGUGAUGGGAGGAGGAAGUGGGGGCUCCCCAGGACCCAUGGGAGGGGGCACAGUCAGCUUGUUGACACUGCCCUCCAUCCCACCCCAUGCGCUCGGGGCCUUCACCCUCUUCCUGCGGCUCCCUGGCUAUGCAGAGACGCUCCUCAAGGACACCCACAAGGCUUGCUGCCUGCUCAGACUCGCCUUGGGGGUCACAGAUGAUGGCGAUGGAGGAGACAUUGUAGGUUCGGGAGUGGGUGGAUCCCUGGCAACAAUGCCCUUCCAGGUGCUGGAGUCGUUGCUCGAGGCCACACCACUCACAACAGACGAUGGGCUCCUGCUGAGACGUAUGUGCCUGGAGUCGGGAGCUCUGCACCUGAUCCUGGCUUGCCUUGCUGCGCUGUCUCACCAGGACACUCCCGAAGUUGUCUCUUCCCUCUACCACCAGAAUGUUCCAAUUGGUUUGGUGGUGGCGACAACAAGAGCCACGUGCGUUGACUCCCGCGAGACCAUUGGCAUGCACCGCGGAGAGGGAGACCGAUGCCAUUACUGGGCCAAGGGCACAGGCUUUGGCACAGGCAGCACCACACAGAGCUGGGACGUGGAACAGGCUCUAGUGAGACAGAAAGUGGAGGAAGAACAUGUUGUUUGGCUUGUGCGACUGCUAGCACAGUACAUCAAUCCAGGUGACAUCUUGCCUCCUGAGCUGCAGCAACAGUCCAAUGGUGGGACACCGGGUGGCAGUGCAGCUGAAAGUCAGAAUGACAGCACCCCUCUCCUACCCCCUCUAUCGCCCCCAUCUCAUGCCCCUCCACCCUUGCCACCUGCCCUCCUACACCUCUUCCAGAAUUCAGGCUUGAUCACCACCAUAGCCUCCAACCUCAGCAAUGACUCGGUACUGGACAUGUCACGGCACGUCCCUCUCUAUCGAGCUUUACUAGCUCUUGUGAGAGGCCUCUCUGUCACCCCUGGCCUGGCUCCCCUGCUGCUGACACCCCAGAAUUCGGCUCCAACUAACGGAGGAAGCGGAGACACCACCACCCUGCCGUGCGUGCCAGCGUUGUUGGAGAAGAUGAAGACCACCGUCAACACCUACAUGGACAAGCUGCGGUGGAAGUCCUCCAAGGCUGGCGGCAACAGCAACGGAAAUGGGGGCAACGGCAACAACAACGGUGGGAACAACAACAACUCCAGCAGUCUGACAGAUGACGCUGAGCAGGAAGAGGGCUUGUCGCUCAUCGUGCCAGAUAUUCAGAACACGGCCAUGGUGGUCAAGGUCUGCACUGAUCGCCUACAGCAAGAGUUAGACAGAGAAGAUCAGCCAGACGGUGGGGCAGCAGCACAGCCAGUGUCGUCACAGUCAUUGAUGGAAGUGUAUUUGGCCGGCCUCAAACCUUUGCAGUUUGACACCUAUGAGAUGUUGGUUGAAGACUCGGAGAGAGGAAUAAGGUUUGUUGUGCCCCACCACUAUGAGGGGUCCGUGAGAGGUGCAGGUGACCUGUGCACUUCUCGCAGAAUGAAGAGACUUGCACAGGAAGCUGUCACGCUAUCAACAUCGCUGCCUUUGUCAUAUUCAUCAUCAGUCUUUGUCAGGACAGACCUGGACAGAUUAGAUAUUAUGAAGGUACUCAUUACUGGGCCAGAGGACACUCCCUAUGCCAAUGGCUGUUUCGAGUUUGACGUUUAUUUCCCAGUUGAUUACCCAACGUCACCACUGCACAUCAAUCUCCAGACCACAGGAGAAGGACGUGUGCGAUUUAACCCCAACCUGUAUCAGGAUGGGAAGGUGUGCCUGAGCAUCCUCAAUACCUGGCACGGCCGCCCAGAGGAGAAGUGGAACCCCCAGACCUCAUCUCUCUUGCAGGUGUUGGUCUCCAUCCAGUCACUCAUCUUCGUGAGUGAGCCGUACUUCAAUGAGCCAGGAUAUGAGAGGUCAAGAGGCACACCGGCUGCAAUGCAAAAUUCAAGGGAAUAUGAUGCAAACAUCCGUGCAGCAACAGUCAGAUGGGCCAUGCUGAACCAGCUGCGCAACCCAUCACCCUGCUUCAAGGAGGUAAUUGAACGUCACUUCUGGCUCAAGCACAAAGAAAUCCUGGAACAAAUUGAGGCUUGGAUUGCCGACAUGGAAACUCUGAGCGAAAACCGAAGAGCAGGAAAAAAUAUAGCACACAAUACUGUGGGCUUGAAGAAAAAUUUCCAGCUGCUGAAGGAGGAGUUUCGGAAGAUGAGUCCUCCACCAGGACUUGAGGGCGUCCCACUGACUCCCAGUCUCAUCAAUUCCUGCAGCAGGUCCCCAGCACAGCAGCCGAGAGAUGCCAAUACGCCAGAGAAGGAGAGAGAAGGCGCACAAGGAGAAUCGGAGAAGGAGAUGAGAGGGGCAGCAGGAGGGCAGGCUGGUGGACCCGUGCGCACACGGAUAAGAAAAACCUCAAGAGCCAACUUGUUCAUGGGCAAACCACAGAGUGACACCAGUAAGCAUGGUGGUCACAGUUCGGGCAUCCCUGUGAGCAAAGUCGGCAGCAGCAGUUCCAGCAGUAGCAGCAGCACGGCUGUCAGUAGCACAACAGUGAAGUCCCUCCAGUACGGGGCCUCGGAUCAGGAGGUAGCGGAGGGUGGCCUUGCGCUGCUGUCAUUAGGGGAACAGCAGCCUGUUUCCUUAAUGCCAGAGCUAGUCCAGGCCACCAAAACCACCACAUGCCAGAGUGCAGACAGCAGCAAGAUUGACGGCGAGUUGGACGAGGUGGAAGACGAAGUCUGCAACCAUGUGAAUCAUUCUAGUUCCUCAGUCAAAAAAGAGUCACCUAGUUCACAUAAUACGUCAGCGGGAAUGCCCUGCUAGCAUCACGCACUUUUGUGUUUUUUUCCUUUCGAGCCCAAGACCAAUCUUGCCUGAACUAUUCUGGUGCACACAUUAUUUUGAUCCAAAGUUAAGCUACUUUGUGAUACCCAAGACUCAGAAAAUGUAAGAAUCAAUAUAAUGUGAUUUCUACCCUUUUGUUUCCCCAGAGCUCCAGUGACAAGUUUUCAGUACAUUCCAAUGGUUGGUUUGGUCACUUGUCAGCUACAAAGUGGAGCUAGUUUGUGUAGGCCUCUCAUGGUGAAACUGUCAUGAACAGGACAUGUGGGAAGAAAACCCUUCAUGAUAACUCUGUGAUUGAAUUAUUUAUAGUCAUAAAACUCAGUGAAUGGAUGACGUGUUGCAGUUUAUUGAGUUCUGAUACUGUCACAAGUACUUCCACGUACUGCGCAUUUAGGAUCUGACCACAGUACGACCUGCUUGCAAGCACUGCAAAACUUACGGUAUUUUGUUGUGACUGACUGAACUGGAUACACAAUUAUUUAGCAAUUGUCUGCAUGACUUGUGUUUGCUAGUCAAUGUGUGAGUUGUGUUCAGUGUGACUAAUUGUAUC